UCUGAGCGAGCUGGGAUUUGAAACUUGGAGCUGCCAGAGGAUCUCAGUGUGUUUUCACCUCCAAUGUGCACAAAAAAAAAAGCGAAUGAAGGCGACCGUUUCCUAGAUGCCCCCAGAAGUCCCCCUGGACCCCCCUAAGAUUUUGUGCUGUGAUGGAUGGAGUCGAAGUCCUGCAAAAGGAGGACAUGGAGGGCUCAUGGACGCUGCUGUCCUUGGUGGCGUCCCUCCUCAUGGUGUUUGGGGGGUCCCUGCCGUAUGUCCCGCAGUAUCAGGAGAUCCAAAGAAUUAGCAACACGGAGGGCUUCUCCACCAGAGUCUGCCUGGUGCUGCUUAUCGCCAACAUCCUGCGCAUAUUUUUCUGGAUAGGGAAGCAGUUUGAGCUGACCUUGCUGCUUCAGAGUGUGGUGAUGAUCUUGACCAUGUUCGCCAUGCUUCAUCUGUGCUGCACGGUCCAAAACUCCAACCAAGUCAGCACCAAGCAGCAUCGACUUUCAGACUUAAACUUUCACUACUUUUGGAAGUGGAGUGCAUUUGAGGACUACCUCCUGUUCUGUUUUGGCUUCACCGUGCUGUGUGCUGUGGUCACCCUGCUGCUGCUGGACUCCACCGUGUUUGUGGAGAUGCUGGGCUCAAUGGCCGUGAUGUUUGAGGCAAUGCUCGGCGUCCCACAGCUGCUGCAAAAUUUCCAGAACUGCUCCACUAAAGGAAUGAGUGUGAAGAUGGUACUUCUCUGGACGGCUGGUGAUGUCUUCAAGACCAUCUACUUCAUAGUGAAUGAAAGCCCAGCUCAGUUCUGGGUGUGCGGUUCAGUUCAAAUCUUUAUCGAUGUGGCCAUCCUGCUCCAGGUGCUGUUUUACAGCCGAGAUACUCGAGUCAAGCUUGGUUAAGUGUUGCUGUUGUGAAGAAGGAUCCAGAGUUGUAUCAAUGAGACCUUUAAUAAGAUCUGAAACCAAAGUUGUCCACAUUUUUAUAGAAUUUAGCAGUUUGAUAUGUCUCCAAGUGAUAUUA